UCGUCGGCCGGAGGCAUGGACGGGACGUACCUAAAGGGCCACCGUACUCUGUCAACGCGGCUGCCCUGCUCUCAACUCUUCAAAAUGUCUCUGAACUACCUGCACGGGCCCGUGCGGCUACCUCCGUCCGCAUCUAACCAGGGCAGAAAGCAGAGACGGGAGCGGACCACAUUCAGCCGCGCACAACUAGAUGUGCUAGAGGCCUUAUUCCAGAAGACUAGGUACCCUGAUAUAUUCAUGCGAGAGGAGGUGGCACUGAAAAUAAAUUUACCCGAGUCUCGUGUACAGGUUUGGUUCAAAAACCGCCGAGCAAAAUGCCGGCAGCAGGCGCAGAAUGGCGGCCAGAACAAAGCGCGGCCGAAGAAGGCAAAGUCACCGUCGACUCCAACGAGCACCAACGCAACCACCUCAACCACGACGACACGCACGCCGUCGUCUUCAGCCGAGAUUCUGUACAAGGAAAGCCCGUACAAGACGCCCGUCAUAACCGGCGUCGGGCCUAUUGUGCCACCGUCGGCGAAUUCCAUUUGGAGCCCGGCGUCCAUAACUCCGGACCCGAUGAGCAAUAGCUGCAUGCAGCGACCCGCGUACCCCAUGACGAACGCACAGGGAGGCGGCUGCUACGCCACGCAAAACUACGGGCCGGCGUCCUACUACGGCAACAUGGACUAUUUGCCCGCGAUGCCUCAGCUACCACCAGUCACCACACUCAACCAGAUGAGCGGCACCAACAUGUCCCCUCACAUGUCGCACGCUGGCCUGCCGCAUCACCAUCAAUCUCGCAACAUGCCCGGACAAAAUGACUGCCUUAAAUACGGUGACGAAAGCUCUUGGAAGUUUCAGGUGCUGUAAGACUGCUUCGGGUCCAGCGCAAUACUGCAUCGACUAGGUCAACACGUAGCCGUAGCCACUAUGUCGCGAGAUGACGGCGUCCCGUGUACCCCGCGAGGGGAAAGUGACGCAGGCUCCAUCCGGCUGACCUCUCAAUCCUGCAGGUACUAAGACUCACGUUCCACAAAUGUCUACGCUUUCACUGAUGGAAAUGAAUAAUCAGGUUGAUUGUACGUAAAACGACAAAUAGCAUUUUGUGGAGUGGCAGGAUUGGAGACAGCGUCAGUGGUGGGAAAGAUUCGUGUUGCUGUUAUCAUAAAGCUGAUCAUGACAUAUUGUACAAAUUACAAACACGAUCCUAUUUAUAAAACUGUUGUUGUUUUGUUGGAUUCACAACGGUCUAGCGACCGCUCACUACGUGGUGUUUUUGUGCAUGUAUAGUUCCCAAUCGUAGCUUUACGCGUAAAGAGUCCCGGGAACGAUAAGUUGUAUAUAUUGUAAAGAAAUGUGACUGUUCUGUUUUAUCGUUAUACAGUACGUAUAUAGUGCGCAGCAUGCUGGCUUGGUAUGAGUCAUUGUAGGGAGCUUAUAUUUUGUGCAAAAUAAACGUGUCGUAUUAUGCUGCUCAAAUAUCUUAAUUUAUAUUCGAAAUCCGAACGCUGUCGUUUGUGUUACUGUAAUCUAUAUCUGCGCGAGGUUCGUUUGUACAACGUCAUUUAUUUCACAACACAGCCAUGUGAACUUUUCAGAAUAUACGGAAUAGCUUCCAUGCUGACCGAGUCAUAUGAAACGCCGCACAAGUCGCCAAUUGCGUUAAUUUGCGAAGUAAAUGCAGAUCCUAUUUUACUGCGGGAAUGUUUUCAAAUGACACGUCAGCUCAGUGCUAUAGGCAUGAAAAAAAUGCGGCGGCAUAUAGAGGCACUGAUGUAGCGAGGAAACGAAUAUUGGCGUGUAAAGUUCAUUUCAGUUAUGUGUUGAUGUAAUCCAGUUUUACAGUUUCCAUGUACUUUCGAUGACGUAUCAAUAAGGUAUGGUAAUCAAAAUGCAGCAUACUCAAAAAAUGUCGGGCAAGAACAUACAUGCGUAUGUGCAUCUAUAGCUUUAGUUAAUUUCUCACGUAUCUAUUGCUGCGUAGGGCUUGUCAUAGCAGCUUGAAUCUUUGGUUAAAUGAAUAUGCGCGUACAUGCGACGGAUCCAUCAAGAUGCCUACGGUUGGAAUUCGCGAUGGCCGACGGUGUAUCAAACUUCAAUUCAAGAAUAAACAUUUUACCUGUGACGAAUCUUUCCGGCUCGUCACUUUAUUAACCCCCA